AUGAAGAACAUCCCCUAUCAGUCAUUGAUAGGAUCACUGAUGUAUUUGGCUGUUUCGACUCGUCCGGAUAUAUCUUAUGCAAUCAGCAUCUUAAGUCAAUUCAACACGAAUUCAGGAAAAGUCCAUUGGAAUGCUGCUAAGCGUGUCUUGAGAUACCUGAAAGGUACAAAGAGCGAGAUUCCAUUGAUAGGAUUUGUCGAUGCCGAUUGUGGUGGAAAUGUCGAUGAUCGCGUUUUCUACACCGGAUUUGUUUUUAAGCUAGCCAACACCGCAAUAACAUGGAAAGCAAGAAAACAAAAAUCAAUUGCAUUAUCAAGCACUGAAGCGGAGUAUAUGGCCUUAACCAAGGCAGCUAAAGAAACUGUAUACUUACGAAAUUUGUUGGAAGAAAUGUGUUACAUGGAACGUCAAUCCAAACCAAUCACAAUCUAUUGUGACAAUCAAGGUGCUCAAAAAUUAAUGCUCAAUCCAAUGUACCAUUCACGUACCAAACAUAUAGAUAUUCGGAAUCACUACGUGAGGGAUGUCUUUAAAAGCGGAAAGUUGGACGUGAGCUACGUGCCCACUGAGCUGAUGAUCGCAAAUGUACUUACUAAGAGUUUAUUCAAAUUAAGCCACCAGAUGCAUCAAGGAAUUCGGUCUGAAGAAUGUUGA